AUGGUUUCUGCUGUCGUGUUUGCGUACCAUAAUGUGGGCGUUCGAUGUUUGUCGGUUCUCCUGGCGCACGGCAUCCAAGUGAAGCUCGUUGUCACCCAUUUAGACGACCAGGAUGAGAACAUUUGGUUUGAUAGUGUGGCCAAUUUGGCCACCUUGCAUGGAAUUCCCGUCGUCUGCCCUGAAAGUCCGAACACGGAAAACUUUCUUUCGCAACUACAGUUACUCAAACCCGACUUUAUUUUCUCCUUUUACUACCGCUCAAUUCUCAGUGAAGAGGUGCUCAACACAGCAUCUUGCGGACGUUACAACAUGCACGGCUCUCUCCUGCCCAAAUAUCGCGGGCGGGUCCCCGUUAACUGGGCAGUUCUGCAUGGUGAGACCCAGUCGGGGGCAACUCUCCAUGAGAUGGUCCUAAAACCCGAUGCUGGAGCCAUUGUGGGCCAGAUGGCGGUGCCAAUUCUUCCAAAUGACACAGCCGCCGAUGUCUUCUCCAAGGUGCUCGUCGCGGCCGAAAUUGUCUUGGACAACACUUUGCCUGCAAUAGUGAAUGGGACUGUAACACGGCAGACGAUGGAUAUUACCCAGGGCUCUUACUUUGGUGGUCGCAAGCCCAAGGAUGGUGUGAUUGAUUGGAAGACGAUGGGCACAAGGCAGAUUCAUAACCUCGUGCGAGCGGUUUCACAUCCUUACCCGGGGGCUUUCACUGAAACCUCGAAAGGGAGGCUGGUUAUCUGGCGUACAAUGCUUGUUGAAGAUAGCAAAGAAAGUCACAUGCUUCCUGUCGAGCCCUGUUUGUGGCGGAAAGACAGCCAGGUGUUUGCAACAGCCUGUGAUGGAGGGGUCUUGCGCAUCAUUUCGGCAGAGUUGGAGGGACGUAUGUUGGACCCUGCAGACUUUCCGAAUAUUGUUUAA